AUGGAGGAAGUACUAUGCACGGCAACUUCCGAAAUCGAUUCCGCCGAGUCCUUGAGAUCGAAGGAAUCGGCAUCGCCUAUGGAGAAUUCUACGACGCUUCUGACCAAAGUAGAAAAGGGUCGUUUGAAAAAGCUUGUCAAGCGAGCCAAAUCCGUCCAAGCCAACGCGGAAAGCGGCAUCUGCCAAGCAAUGGACUGGGAGGAGCUGAUGGAGCUCCGUCGUAAGCAGUCUUCGGCGUCUCUAAUACCCGAAAACGCUUUCGUAUUGGGGCCGUCUGUUUUGUGGAGGAGCGGGAAGGCGCGGGAGCGUGUCGAAGGUACGGAUGUUCGCGCGGUAUUGCGGCGCCUUAUUGAGCAACAACCGCACAAACGCGGCGGGGAUAUUUCCAGCUCCGAGAACCGUACAGACUCUGCGACAGAUACUUUGCCGAAUGACACUGCAGAAACCAGUCGGAAACGCAAGCAUGUAUCGGAAUGUAGGAUCACACAAGCGAACGUACAGGAUCAGAACAGAUUCAAACUGCCGCAGUGGGUCACACUACAUAAUGCAGCAGCAGCGAGGCACGUCGCUGUGCUAGAAAUACACUGUCACGACGUUUCACGUUUUCUCGCUUGUCAACAAGCAAUCCGCCAGUGCUUACGAGAAAACGAAUCCUGCCUUGCGACGGAAUCGCCCACUCGUUGGUUCACAAAUAAUUUUCCCAAAUCUAUCACUGACGUGCUCAUGUAUGCACCAGAUCCCAAGCCAACAUGCCUCCCGCCAAACAAAGUCACUUCUCUCCAGCAUCUUUACAAUCUACUGAACGAUCUAGUGGUAAAAGAUGAUGAUUGGCAACGUGAGGACUACCCGGCCCUCGCAGUCGUCAACGAAAGCACCCAUACAACUGUUGUUCUGCCGUCGCAAGACUCAUCAGCGUGUGAAGCGGCAUCGCCGUCUACCAGCAUGGAACGAAGCCCAGGAACCUAUGAUCCAAAUGGGCUGUCAUGUACCUCCGCAACAAAAACGGAUGGGUUACCCCCGUACGUGGGGACAACCGUCGUCAAAGCCGCAAUCCCGGUUGUGGAAGCCCCUUCGCCUUUUUCGUCACAUCGGCGAGGUAUUUUUGCUAUGGAUUGUGAAAUGGUCGUGACAAGUAAAAACGCUUCCGAACUGGCUCGUAUCACUAUUGUAAAGGUGGAAUCAGUAACCGAAGAAGGUCACGUACAAACUAAAGUGGUGUGGGAUCAGCUCGUAAAACCGAAGCACACCAUCACAAAUUACUUGACCCAGUUCUCCGGCAUGACACCGGCACUUUUGAAAGACGUCACCUUCACGCUUGAAGAUGUUCAAGAUUACUUACUACGAAAUAUUCAAGACGGCGACAUUGUAAUCGGACACUCAUUGGAAAACGAUCUACGUGCGACCCGUUGGGUACACCGCCGGAUUGUUGAUACAGCACUCCUCUUUCAACCGACGCAUGGUCGUUUCAAAUAUUCCCUCCGACACUUAACCGCUCAACUACUUCAACGUCAAAUCCAGCAGGCAGAUCAAUCGCAUUGUAGCGAAGAAGAUGCAAUUGCAGCCUUAGAGCUUGCCGUGCGUAGAGCCGUGCAAGGAUCCACUUUUGGUGUGCCUGACAAGACACAUCGGAAUCAGCUGAGCUCCAUGGCCAAGAACGAAACAACAGUUUGUAUAGGGCCGUCAUCCUGGUUGCAAACACAUGUGACCUCGCAACCGAAUGCGAUACACGCCUUGGCAUGUGAGAGCAUCGAAGACUGGAAUCACAAAGCCGUUGCGGCCUGGUUGGCGGGUCCUAAACGCCGUGCACGAAUGGUGUGGGCGAACUGGUCAGUUGAAAACGAUUCGGCCACGUCAAUAUUAAUUUCGACACUAUCGGGAUUGCUGACAAAGCGUUCCUUAACGAACACAGUUAUUAUGGUUGCCUUGCAACCGUCCUACGGUGUUGCUGCCCAGCUUCAUCAACAGCGUAAAGUCAAAUCAAAUCCCAAAGCGACCAUGGGAUGGUCAGACGUGCAAGAAGCAGGCUGGAUGAAAGCGUCGGAAGAUUGCCAGACAGGAAGCGUAUUUUGGGUUGGAACCAAAAUUGGAUAGGAAUCGUGUCUAAUGGCUGCAACUACUUUUUCGCCGGAAUACUUGAACCAAUCUAAGUGAACAGUACUCUUAAAGAAUCGGGCAAAGACGACAAAA